AAAGAAAGCUAGUGCGUUUGCAGAAAUGGUCCAGUGUUUGGAUGACAGAAGCUUGUCCCUGGUUAUCAGAGAGGCCAAAAAUGACGGGAGGAAAGCGCUCAGAGUCUUAAGGGAGCACUACCAAGGCAAAGGAAAACCCCGCAUCAUUGCCCUCUACACAGAGUUGACUUCACUUCAAAUGGGUGAAACAGAAACGACCACAGACUACAUCAUCAGGGCGGAGACCGCAGCAACUUCGCUUAAAGCUGCUGGCGAAGUAAUCAGCGACGGUCUGUUGGUCGCGAUGACCCUAAAAGGCCUGCCUAAAAGUUACAAGACUUUCGGCACGAUUGUCAUGCAGAAGGACACUCCCAUGACAUUUGCAGAAUUUAAGGUCUCGCUCCGAAACCAUGAGGAGAACGAGAAAUGUUGCCAUAAAGACGAUGAUGGAAACGGAGAUGGCGUAAUGUCGGCCGCGAAUGGUUCAAGCAAGCCAAAGUUCCAAGGAAAGUGCUUCAAAUGUGGACGAAAGGGACACAGAAGCGUGGACUGCUACUCGAACAAAGUCGCCGACAAGUGGUGCCAACGUUGCAAGAACAAUUCCCACAACACCAAAGAUUGCCGCAAAGGGAACCCUGACGCAGCAAAGUCCGCAAUAGGACAAGAACAAAAACUUAAAAGAGACAACAAUAGUCAUAGUUUUCUAUUUACUGUUAAGGAUCAGGAAGGUAGAGGUGAGCCUACUCCAAAUCAAUUACUUUUAGAUACCGGCGCUACAAGCCAUAUUAUCAAUGACAAGUCUAAGUUCGUAGAUUUUGAUAAGAAAUUCGACCCAAGUACACAUUUUAUUGAGUUAGCCGAUGGAAGUAGGGCUAAUGUGGUUUUAGGAAGGGGAAACGCCCAAGUUAAGCUUUAUGAUGUAAACGGUAAUGUACAGGAUGUGGUGUUAAACAACGCCCUUUAUAUCCCGUCCUAUACCCAAAAUAUUUUUUCUGUUCCCGCAGCCAUAGAUAGGGGGGCCAGCAUAACUUUAGAUAAGGAUGCCAAAAAUUUGAGAGCACCAAAUGGUACAAUGUUUAGUAUCAAACAACAAGGGCGUUUAUUUUAUCUGAACAACAUUUCAACCCAAAAUAUUGCCACCACACUAAUGGAGUGGCACAAAAUCAUGGGACACUGCAAUUUUAACGAUCUUCGAAAACUUCAAAACGUAGUUGAGGGAAUGAAAAUUGUCGAUGAUCGACAGUGCGAAAGUGCACUAUCUGCACGCAAGGCAAAAUGUGCCAAUUUCGAAUCGAAAACCGGACGAGAAAGCAAAAGAGCCUUUAGAAUUGUUCAUUGCGAUUUAGCUGGCCCAAUCAGUCCCGCAGCAAAAGACGGCUUCAAGUAUGCGUUAUCUUUUAUAGAUGAUUACACAGGAAUCAACAAGGUGUAUUUUCUCAAACAGAAAAGCGACACCGUAGAAGCGACGCAAAAAGUUUUUGGCCGACACCACUCCUUUUUCGGUAAAAUCAAAGCGCAUUCGGAGCGACAACGAACGGAAUUCACAAGCAAACAUUUUCGAUCUUUGUUGCGCGAAAAUAAGAUAAAACACGAAAUGAGCGCCCGUAUUCCCCCGCACCAAAAUGGGACGGUGGAGAGAGGAUGGAGAAGUCUAUUUGACAUGGCGCCGCUGCUUAUUGCUCGAGGCAAAUUUACCCAAAACACUUUGGACCUACGCAGUGAUGGCAUCUGCAUAUAUCCGGAAUCGAUGUUUUAACUCAAGGUUGGGAAUGACACCAUUCGAGGCGCUAACCGGAAAGCGACCAAACCUAGGCAAUAUGCACGUUUUCGGAUCCACAUGUUAUGCUUAUGUGCAAAACGCGAAGAAAUUAGAUGCGCGAAGCAAAAGGGGUAUCUUAAGUGGGUUAUGACAGGGAAAGCCCAGCGUAUCUAGUUUAUUACCCUAACGCGAACAAGGUCGAAAGGGUAAGAUGUGUGAAAUUUCACGGGCAGAGUAUUUCCUAUACAGAGAUUGAAGAAGGGGAAGCAUUUGUACCUGUCCUAGAACAAAGGGUCGAGGAUAACACUGAACAGAACACAGAACAGGCUGACCAACCAAACGAGGAGGGGAGCGUUACUGCGACUAACGACAAUGAGCCUGUGACGAACGGGAGGUACCCAACUAGAACCCAUAACAAACCCAAACACCUCGAAGAGUAUGCUUUAGAGGACGAUAUGAAAGACAAUGUUUAUUACACAGUAGACUACUGUUACAGGGUCGUAAACAUACCGACAACGAUGACGAGGCUGUCGACUCGCCUGAGGCGAAUAAGUGGCAAAAAGGCCAUGGACGACGAAAUGACAGCUUUGAACGACAAUGACACGCACGACCUAGUAACACCACCGGAGGGUAGGAAAAUAGUGGGGGAAAAUGGGUCUAUGCCGUAAAAAACGGACCAAAUGGGGAAGAAACUCAUAAAAAAGCGCGUUAAGUCGCUAAGGGCUAUUCCCAAGUUGCAGAAAUAGACUAUCAGGAAACAUUUGCGCCACGGCCCGCAUGAGUUCAGUUCGGAUGUUGAUGCAACGUGCAGUCCAAAAUAACAUGAUCACUCAUCAAAUGGAUGUAAAAACCGCCUACCUUAAUGCGCCAAUAGAUUGCGAUAUUUACAUGGAGCAGCCAAAGGGCUUCGAAAAGGGAGGCACAAAUGGCGAAAAAUUAGUGUGUAAAUUGAAGAAAUCACUUUAUGGUCUCAAACAAAGUGGGAGAAACUGGAACAAUAUGUUGCAUAGCUUCUUGUGUAACGAAAAUUUUUCUCAGUCACGUGCUGACCCAUGUGUGUAAUGUGAGAAAUUCAGAGACCGAAGGAUGCGUUAUUCUGAUUAUUUGGGUCGACGAUAUCAUUAUAUCGGGCGACUUAUGCCAAAUUGCUCGAGAGCGUAAAAGAGUCUCUCUGCCAGAAAUUCAAAAUGAAAGAUCUGGGUGAACUUUCAUGGUUCUUGGGAACCCAAUUCAAGUGCAGCAAAACAUCUAUUGAAAUGAGCCAAAGCCAAUACAUUGACAAAGUUCUAUCCAAAUUUCAAAUGAGCGAUUGUAAGCCAAAACCAACGCCAUGUGCUCUUGGGAUAGAAAAAGAAUGUGAUGUAAAGCCAAAAGAAUUAAGUGACCCCAGAUUGUAUCGAGCCAUUGUUGGGAGCUUAAUCUAUGUAAUGACAGGCACGAGACCGGAUUUGUGCUACGUCGUGACUAAACUUUCACAGAACAUGGCCAAGCCCUCAGAGUCAGAUCUCAUUUUGGCCAAGCAUGUUCUUAGGUAUCUAAAAGGCACAAGGGAACAAUGUCUUAAGUUUGAAAAAUCAGAGUCACCAUUAAAAUUAAUAGGAUUUUGUGACUCUGACUGGGGAGCAUCUGUAAAAGACAGACGCAGUAUUACUGGGUAUAAUUUUCAGCUAUUAGAGAGAGGUCCUUUAAUUUCAUGGAAGAGUCGUAAACAACCCACUGUAGCUUUAUCUACUUGUGAAGCGGAAUACAUUUCGCUAGCUAGUGCUGUACAAGAAUCAAAGUUCUUGAGACAAAUCUGUAAAGAUAUGAACAUUGUGAUAGAUGAUGUUGUAAUCCACGUAGAUAAUCAGGGGCGAUUAACCUAGCUAAAAACCCAGUUAAUCAUCAGAGGUCAAAGCACAUUGACAUAAAAUAUCACUUUAUAAGAUCGGAAAUACAAGCAGGAAAUGUAAAGUUAGAAUAUGUGCCUACAGAAGAUAAUGUAGCUGACAUUUUUACAAAGCCAGCAACCAAAGUUAAACUAGAAAAGUUUAAGUCUUUUAUCAUGGGAAAUUAGUUUUGUAUAUAUAUAUAUACAUAUAUUAAGUUCGUCAAAGAUGAUUGGAGCAAGUGGGGGUGUUAGAUUCCGUGUUCCAACAUCCUGACCAAUAUAACCACAUGCUUACCACGAAGCUUAUCGUAGUUGAACAUAUCCAUUAGUAGAAAACCGCGACAGGAAAUGCCACAACAUUAUAUGCUUGAUAUUAUGCCAAGUAUGUAAUCUGUAAUUAGAGCCGCUUAUGAAUGUUUGUAUAAAUGUGAGUGAAAUAGCAAAUAAAAAUCAGUUGUUACUCCUACUUGUGUGAUGCGUAUGUUCUAGUUAUAACAUGACGACAUCAGUAAACCUAACAUCCAGAAUGAAAAUACUACAGAUGGAAUAAAUGAGACCAUGCACCAGCUUCACUCCUAUGUCCUAUGUCCUAUAUACAUCACAAGGAAAGACUGUAUUCAACAAAAUAGGAGUCAUUGGUGACCAGCUGUCUGUGGAGAGAGCAGUGAAUUGCCUGUCAUCCCUGGCAAAUGGUUUUACUGCUGAGGAGAGGCUGGAUGGCCUACAUCUAGAGAUUGCUGACUGGCAUACUGAGUUAAAAUUCCUCUCUGUGAGUGAAUUCUUAUGUAUGAUAUUUCUAUAGCAAAAGCAAAACAUUCCAUCCUUAAGCUUAACCUACUGGUAAAGUACUGAUUAAAAAAACGAGCAGGGGUGUAUUAUCAGGUUUAACAACCCAAGGCGAAGCCAGGAGGUAUUAAACCUAGUAAUCGUGUGCACUUGACUGCAAGUUUUUUAAACUGUUUUAAAAUCUCUGAUAUGGAGAAUAAUAUUUAGACUUGGGGUUAUUUUGGUCUAAAAAAUUGGACCUAAAGUUUAGCCAUGUCUUUAUCAUAUAUAAAGACACUCAUCAAACAUUAAUUUCUGUUGGUAAUUUCUUUAUGAAUUAUUAGUGUGUUUUUGAAUAUCAUUUUACUUUCCUGGGCGCAUAAAAUGUAUAUCUGAGAUUACCAGUACCUGUGACUAGUCCCACAUAA